CGCCUUUUCAUCCCACAUCAACACGUUGAAACCCCACGAGGGAAAACGGUCAUCGACAUAUCAACGCCGGGUAUGACUGCAGGGUUUUCAGAUCGAAGCACAACUGUUCUGCAUGCGCAAGUCCAAGCGGAAGCUCAAGCACUGCAGACGUGGAUGUACCAAGAUGCGACCCAUUCCCCUUGCAGUAGAUCAACUGCAUGCAUGAUCAAUCAAAAUCCGAACGGGGCGACGCAGCCGCCGACCGUCUAUAUAUGGAAAAACCCAACCGCGACUCGAGUCGCUCGAUCAUUUAAGAAGCUUGCGAAUAUCCUCAAGCUCGAGCAUCCUUGACUCUCGUCUUGUUUCAUAUCCUUACACAUCACUUUUCUGGAAAGUUCAAGAUGCGGUCGUCUAUUCUCUCAUUGGCGCUUUGUGCAGUGUCCACCACUGUCGCUGUUCAAAUUGAUACGGAAGGCCUUCCCGAUACUGGAUUGGAUACUUCAAGCUGGCAGACUGGAGUCGCUCCUCCGAUUGAUGAUCUUGUCGAUGCCAACGACUUUCAGAUUGCCGCCAAGAAUGCGCUGUCUGACAGACACUAUGCGUAUUACAGAACAGCAGCUCUGGAUGAAAUUACAUACAAUGCCAACAUGCAAGACUGGGCAAAGAUCAGAUUGAAUGGUUUCAGCUUUACCGACGUCUCAAAUGUCGACACCACGACGAGUAUCCUUGGACACAAAUUCGAUGCACCAUUCUUCAUUGCUCCUGCAGCAAAGGCUGGAUAUGCAAGUGAUGGCGCCGAAACGAACCUUGCCAAAGCUGCUGGUAAAGCAGGACUUCUCUACGUCCCGUCCAUUUCGUCAUCUCAGUCGAUUGAAGAGAUUGGUGCAGCAGCUGUCGAUGGGCAAGUCAUGUUCCACCAGGAAUACGUUUGGUCAGACAAGGCAAAGCUUCAGGAUGAAUUGAAGAGGAUGGAAGCUGCAGGAUUCAAGGCAAUCUUUUUGACUGUUGACAACACGGGAGUCAAUGGAAUCAGAGAUCGUUAUCUUCGUUUCUCUGCAGGUGGAGAUGCUGGUCACAGUGCAACAUUCACAAUCGAGUCGCUGAAACAGUUGCGCAACAUGACAUCUCUCCCGAUUGUACCCAAGGGUGUCAAGACUGCUCAUGAUGUCAAGCUUUGCGCUGAUCUUGGAUUCCCUGCCGUCUACAUUUCAAACCAUGGAGGUCGCGUUGUUGAUAUGGCACCCACUGCUGUUGAGGUGCUUCUUGAUGUUCGCCGUCUCUAUCCUGAAGUCUUUGAUCAGAUUGAGAUUUAUGCUGAUGGUGGUGUACGUCGUGCAUCCCACAUCAUCACUUUGUUGGCUCUUGGAGUUCGUGCUGUUGGUCUUGGUCGUUCACCAAUGUAUGCCAAUGUCUAUGGUGAGGAGGGUGUCUCGAAGUUGUUGAACAUCAUCAAGAAGGAGCUGACCACUGAAUUGGCCCUGAUUGGAGAGGCCAAUUCGAACAAUGUCAGAGGAAACGCUUCCUUCGUCAACACCCGACGAGUGGAAUUGGAGUUCUUUGGAGCACCUCUUUCUUGAGUUUGGAGUCGCUCAUAUCAUGAUGCAGAUAUUCUUAUCCACUUUAGACCACACGUAAUGUCAAAUGUUCAAUGCCC